AUGAGUACUGUGUCUCCGUCGCAUGGACUUCCGAGCUCUUCUGGAAUAUCGCAAACUCCUUUUCACGCCGAUACACCUGCUUCGUGCCAUUCCUCCGGGACUACGGGCGGCAGCCGGUUCUUUGGAGAGUCGAAUUUCAUCACUCUUGUUCCUGGAGCAUCAGGACCCGGCAAUGAGGCUGCGACUAGUGAUGGGGUGUUGAAGGGUCGUCUUACCUUUCCAUUACCGCAGACGCCACAAGCUCACGACCUGGCUACUUCACCUACCAGUGUGCCUUCCAUGAGCUCUGCGACAGAGCGAUACCUUCGGGAUGAGGGAGCACUCACCUUCCCCGACAUGCAGAGCUGUCUUCCAGCUUUACAUGCUUAUUUCGCUUGGUUCCACCCCUGCUUUCCCAUUCUUGACCGUGCCGAUAUCGCCAGACGGCUCGUGACGAUGGAUAUUUCACCGCUCUUGUUGCAAGCAAUGCUUUUCAUCGGUUCGACGUACUGCGACGAGGCAACGAUUCUUGGCAUGGGGUUCAAAGAUCGGUCCGAGGCAAAGAAUCUGACAUACUCUCGCGCGCGUGUUUUGUUCCAUGCCAACUGGGAGAAAGAUGAGUUUACUCUUAUUCAGUCACUGUUUCUAUGCAGCUUCUGGAGGGGUGGACCGACGGAUUGGAGAGACGUGAGGUACUGGCUAGGGGCCGUGUUAACCCUCGCGCAAACUCAUGGCCUUCAUCGCUCAACUCGAUUCAUCACGAAGGAUCCCCAUUUCGCUCGGAUGAGACGCAGAGUAUGGUGGUCAAUCUACGUCCGCGAACGGCAAGCGGCUGUGUCACUAGGACUGCCCUGUCGCAUCCGCGAUGAAGAUUGUGACAUUGAGCCGCUGACACCGGCUGAUCUGGAGGAUGAUGCUGACGAACAGCGAGCAACUGGGUUCGGUGCACCAAAAUCGGAGCACAUUCAUUAUGCUAUCAAGAUGAUUGACAUUGCUCGUCUUCUCGGAAGAAUCAUGGACACCCACUUUGCGCCUGGUCGGGGACCGCCAGCACCGACCGAAGUUCGUGAAUUGAAGCAGCAGCUCGAGGAUUGGAAGCAAAGUCUACCAGAUGAGAUGCGUAGAGGCCCUGAUGAUGGGCAGUCUUCAGUCUUGACCUGCCUAAUCCACCUUGCCUACAACCAUCUCCGUAUCCUAGUGCACCGAAACGGAUGGCUGCGGAAUAGAGACCAGGAGGAUAAGAGCGCAGCUCUCGCCGCCGCCUGUCGCAUCAGUCGCAUCGCCGAAGAUAUGCUCGCACAAAAGACCUUGCAAUACGGCCAAAUGCACCUCCUCUUUGCCGCUUUUUGCAUACAUGCAAUUGAUAUCAAGUCUGCGGAUGGCAUCAGUCGCCGAUUAGCCGAACAUAGAGCCCAGAUGUGUCUUCUUGGCCUCAAAGAAAUUCAAAAGUACUGGCGUAUCAACAACAAUGUGCUUGAUCUCUUCCUGCAAUACCUCGACGAAUCAAUAGCGAAGAGACUUAACGGCGACAGCACUGAAUCUGCAUCGUCCAGCGCACUACCCGGCUCUAUCACGGGCCUCGAGCCGUUCAACGACACAGGCACGAGCCCAACUGUCACUCUACUACAAGAUGCUCUUCAGCAAGCCAGACCCGACGCAAUGGAAGAUCAAUACUUCAGCCUCAUGCGCACAAAUUGGGAAGGCGAAGAUGCGCUAGAAGAUCUCGGGCUAUUCCUGGAUCCUCAACUUUACGCCAACGGGCCAAUGCAGGUAGAGGGGCUGAACUUCCUGCAGCGUUGCUUGUAA